AUGGCUCUCCGUCCAUCACAGGCGGCGCUAGACGCGCUCCGCCUCGUUGCCAGGCGACCGCUCACGUCGUCAUGCGCACCCACCCUCCUUCGCGGCCUCCACGCCUCGCCGAAGCCGCUCGGCAUCUUUGAUCGCUUCAAGAAGAGCGAACCCGCAUCCCCCGCGACGCCAGCUGCUGCUGCCCCAGCCACCCCUCCCCCGCCAGCUCAGCCCUACGAGCCCGUCUACGCCGAGGGAAGCCACCUGGACGCCGACCUGACGGACUACCAGAAAAAAGUCGCUGCGCUCGAGACGGCUGCGUUGGAAUCGCGCACGUCGGCUGAUGCGGCGCCGCAGGUCGCGCUGCUCGAGGCCCUCAUGGCCGAGGGCGAGUACACCGGCCUCGCGGCGUACUAUGAGGGCAUUGCGUUUGUGCCCCAGCCACAGGGCAGCGAGUCGCUCGUCAAGAGUGACGCCGCGUGGAACCUGUACGUGCAGUCUCUGGCCCACACUGGCCGUCUUGGCCAGCUCGCGUCUUCCCUCAGGCGACGUGAUGACCGCCUCAAGCAGCUCGGCAUCGACCUUUCCACCCCUCCCCUUACAGACACUACAUACUCGGUCCCGGCUUCUGCUGCUACCACCUCGGCUGCCAACGUCUUCCUCGAAUCCACCCGGGAGCUGCGUGCUGCUGCUGCCGCCGCCGCCGCUCCUGCUUCCGCUACUGCCUCGCCCUCUGCCCCUCCCCUCCCCGCCGCUGUCGUCGGCGCUGCUGGCGCCCACAUUGCCGGCCAGCCCGGCUCGGCCCUGCACCCGAUCUACGUCCAGAUGGCCCCCCAGACCCCGCCUUCGUCCAUCAUGAAGUCGAUCCGGUACAUUCUCUGGGUUGGAUUCUGCAUCUUCGUCGCGUUCACCAUCAUGUCCAUGAUCCUCGAGAGCACCAACUUGAUCAAGGCCGGUCCCGGUCCCUCCGAGUUCCUUCCCGAGGAGGGAACCAUUGUCAAGUUUACCGACGUCCACGGUGUCGAGGAGGCCAAGUCGGAGCUCGAAGAGGUCGUCGAGUUUCUGCGCAACCCGGACAAGUUCAACAAGCUCGGUGGAAAGCUCCCCAAGGGUGUUCUCCUCACCGGCCCCCCCGGUACCGGUAAGACCAUGCUCGCCCGUGCCGUCGCUGGCGAGGCUGGUGUUCCCUUCUUCUUCGCCUCGGGAUCCAGCUUUGACGAAAUGUUCGUCGGUGUCGGCGCCAAGCGUGUCCGCGAGCUGUUUGCCGCUGCCCGCAAAAAGUCCCCGGCUAUUGUCUUUAUCGACGAGCUCGACGCCAUCGGCUCGAAGCGGUCCGCAAAGGACCAGCACUACAUGAAGCAGACGCUCAACCAGCUCCUCGUCGAGCUCGACGGCUUUGAGGAGUCGGAGGGUGUCAUUAUUAUUGCCGCCACCAACUUUCCGCAAUCACUCGACAAGGCCCUCACGCGUCCCGGCCGUUUCGACCGUCACGUGACCGUCGGCCUGCCCGAUGUCCGCGGCCGUGUCGAGAUCUUGAAGCACCACAUGUCCAACGUCCACAUUGAUUCGGCCGUCGACCCCUCGGUCAUUGCCCGCGGCACUCCCGGCAUGUCCGGUGCCGACCUCCAGAACCUCGUCAACCAGGCUGCCGUCAAGGCAUCGCGCGAAAACUGUUCGUCUGUCGGCCUCGAGCACUUUGAGUGGGCAAAGGACCGUAUCCUCAUGGGCGCCGAGCGUCGCUCGCACUAUGUCACCGAGGAGGCCAAGAAGGCCACCGCCUACCACGAAGGCGGCCACGCCCUCGUCGCCAUGUUCACCCCCGGCGCCAUGCCCCUGCACAAGGUCACCGUCAUGCCCCGCGGCCACGCCCUGGGUCUCACGUUCCAGCUCCCCGAGGCCGACAAGGACUCUGUCUCGCGCAAAGAGUACAACGCCAUGAUUGACGUUGCCCUCGGCGGCCGUGCUGCCGAAGAGCUCAUCUUUGGCCGCGACGAGACCACUUCCGGAUGCUCCAGCGACCUCCAGCACGCCACCAACGUCGCCUCCAACAUGGUCCGCAACUUUGGCUUUAGCGACAAGGUCGGUCUCGUCGCCCACGGCGACGACGCCCAGCCCUACCUCUCCUCGAAGCGCAAGGACGAGAUCGAGGGCGAGAUCAAGUCGUUCCUCGACCAGUCCAUGACGCGUACCGCCGCCUUGCUCAAGAAGCACGAGGGCGACCUGCAUACCCUCGCCAACGCGCUGUGCGACUAUGAGACCCUGUCGCUUGAGGAGGUCAAGCAGGUGCUCAAGGGCCAGAAGCUCAACCGCGAGGCUAGCGUCGGUGACGCCCUCAAGGGAGAGUUUGAAAAGACAAUGGACGCCGAGAAGUAA